UUGAAAGCGCUCGGCAAGAUUGUUUCUGGUUGGACUCAUUUAACAGAUAGACGCGAAUGAUUUAACGAAACUUUGACGUUGUCUUUCUACUAUCUUUAACCAAAUGUAAUUAAAUGUAGAUGGAAGAUUUAGAAAUACCACUCCCUACUGUAAGGAGAAAAAUAGAUGAUGUGCAGCGCUUCCUUUCCAUUGCAUUGCAUAUUGCUAAUGCACACACCGUAGACUUUUACACGCGUAAUAUAUGGGAAGAGUUCGUUGCUCUAGCACCGGAGGACGUGUUGUCCCAAUUAAACGGUAGUCCUCAUGGGUCGGCUCAAGAGGGAACCUCGGAAAACAACUUUGGUUUCUGUCAUGUCAGUGGGAAGCUGGUGGACACAGGUGCCUUCCUGGAAGCAGCGAACACUCAGUCUCUCCCACAGCUGGGGGUUUCUGUGCCCUUGGAAGAGUUAGUGGGCAGGUGCACUGACACAGAUAGACUUCCCCAGAGGAAUGCAGCUUUGGAGGCCGAUGAGUUUAUGAACUGUAAGAAGGCCCAUGAGGUCCAGGCCAUGUCUGAGGUAGUGGCUGCCCUGGCCCAACACUGCAGAGUCAACCAGGUCAUAGAUGUGGGCUCUGGAAAGGGCUAUUUAAGCUCCCAUCUCUCCAUGCAGUAUGGAUUGCAGGUGUUUGGCAUUGACUCUUCCAGCACCAACACACACGGAGCACAGGAGAGGAAUCGGAAGAUGAAGAGGUUCUCCAGAGGGAUUCACAAUCUCAAGAAAGAGCCUCCGGAGAGGGGAAGGUUUCCAGGAGAUGGACAGGAAGAGGAGCACAGGGAGACUGGGAAGGAAGAGGAGCACGGGGAGACUGGGAAGGAAGAGGAGCACAGGGAGACUGGGAAGGAAGAGGAGCACAGGGAGACUGGGAAGGAAGAAGGAACCGAAGAGAGGAAUCCUACAGACUUCCAACGCAUUCGGUUGAGUGCUGAUGUCGAGGUGCCAGUGGACGUGAGCAGUCAUCUCGGGGAGACUGUGGAAUGGGCAGUUGAAGAUGAAUGCAUUACUGACCCUUUUCUUAGUGCCCUGUCUUUGAAUGCCGUGGAACCAGUCUCGACCCGUGUCCCUCCCAAUCAGCUGAGCAAGGAGGAGAAGGAAAGGAGGAUGAGGGAGAACUUGGAAAGAAAGUUGCCGAUUAGAAAAAGCAACAGCAGCAUCUUCUUACCACUGACCUCUUAUGUCACUGCAGAAACUGAACUACGAGAGAUCAUCCCUGAACUGGAGGAUGCAGUCAUGGUUGGGCUACACACCUGUGGAGAUCUGGCCUCAAGCACACUGCGCAUGUUUGUUGGCAGACAGGAGCUACGUGCCAUUUGCAGUGUGGGAUGUUGCUACAACCUUCUUUCGGAAGAGUUUGACCAGAAAAGAGGGCUUCAAUCACCGGUUACAGGCGAAAUGCAGCCCGUUCCUGGGAGCGAAGUGUAUGGAUUCCCCAUGAGCCAGUAUCUGAGGGAUCAGUCCUUCCCCUGUGGCAGGAACGCCAGGAUGUCUGCAUGUCUGGCGCUGGAGAGAGUGACAGUUGGUGGUGGGCUUCCUGUGGAAUCCCUGUUCUACCGCGCUGUUCUCCAUGUCAUCCUACGGGACCACUAUGAUGCACACAAGAGUGAGAAGCGUGUGGGCAACAUUUACUCCAAAGCUUCCUCUUUUGUGGAUUACAUCAGAAGAGCCCUCAGGAAGUUGGAGCUAGAGGAGUCAAAGCUCUCUGAUGGAGACAUUCAGGAAUACCAUGAUCAAUAUAAACACAGGAUAUGUGAGAUGUUGGCUUUUAACAGGCUGAAGGUGACAUUGGCCCCCUGUAUUGAAGGUCUCAUUCUCCUUGAUCGGCUGUGCUACCUGAAAGAGCAGGAGAAUGUGUCCUUCGGUGCCCUGGUGCAGCUCUUUGAUCCGGUCAUGUCGCCCAGAUGCUAUGGACUGGUCGCACUAAAGACCCUGGCAUGAAGUCUACUGCCCGACGAGGACAUCUACCUGUAAUACGUAGUUGAAUGUAUUGUUUCAACUCGAGAGCAUGUUGCCUAAACCAAAGAAAUAUUGUACCAUUACAUCAUUCCAUCAGUUGUUUUGAUAAAGGUUUAAAACGCAAUUGUAUUAUUUUCAUUGUUGUUGCAGGUGUUUUUGUUGUUUUAUCUUUAAAUGAAAUGGUCUUCCUUCUUGAAAUAAAUGAAACAUGUGUAACAUGUGACAGAUGUAUGAAAUAAAACUGCAUCAGCUGAAAA